CUGUGGUGGGGCAGCGCCCAGAAAGGUCAACCGCAACCAGCUGGCUUGCGGUUGGCGCGAGCCUUUAGCACUGGUGUCAUUUGUGCGAAAUGCCACCGAGUAGCAAGCCGCACCAGAGCCUCCUCGACGCCAUCGAGCGCGGUGAUGCCGACGCCGUCCACAGCCUCUUGAAAGCCACCGACGUCGCAUCGUCCCCGGACGUGAGCCGGUCGCUCAUAGCGGCCGCCUGUCUCUCGCGCUCGUACUUGAUCCUGACGUCGCUCAUUGACCACGGCGUCUUUGUCUUCCUCGCGUCGCUCUCGGAAGCGCGCAACCGUCACGUCGUGUCGCAAUUUAUGAACCUCGCGGUCCAAGGUGGCAACGUCAGCAUCGUCGCGUGUAUUGGCCGGCUCACCGGUAUCAACGUGGCCGACUGCUACGAAGAGCUCAAGCUGCCCGACGGCCGAAAGGAGCUCCUGACGCCGCUCCUUGUCGCAUCCAUCCACGGCGACGUGCCCAUGAUCAACUACCUUCUUGAAGCCAACGUCGAUGUCAACCGGGGUGCGACACGGGACGGCAACUCGCCGCUGUGCAUGGCGACUGCCCACGGCCACCACGCCGCGGUCGAGAUCCUUCUCGAGGCCGGCGCCAACCCCGACCACCGCAAUAGCAAGGGCGAGACCGCGUAUGAUAUGGCCCGCGCCUAUGGCCACCUCAACAUCCUCUGCCUCCUCGGCAUGGACGACCAGCACGGCCACAUGCACGUGAACGGCCGCGCGAUCGAGUCGACGAUCCAGCGCAUUCGGCGCUCCAAGGCGCACACGUCGUUUGCAGUCCGUGAGCGCGAAAAAGUCGACUUUAGCUCGCUCCACAAGAAGAUUUCAAGUCUGAAAGGUCGGAUUUCAGGUCAGAACGGUCGGCUCUCGGCCGUGCACUCGUCGUCGUCGACGUCGAGCGACCCCGCCGCCUCGACGCCCUAGUCGAUGCUACUAGUAGCUUAUUUAAACACCUCCUUUCUUCGUCCAUC